AUGCUUGGAGGGCUAGGCUACAUCAACACUUUAGAUAUUCAAGGUUCUAAUUAUUUUUUACGCGAACUAAAGAUUAAAGAUGCGAAUAACCUAGUUCGGUCUCAGUGGGUAUUAGGAUAUCUCACUGAAGUGGAUCUCCUACUUCUUUUCGUAGGCAUUCGCCAGAGUUUUAUUGCCGGUAGUCACUUUGUGAUUAAAGAGAAUAUAACAAGUUCGCGAGAAGUCGAAAAAGAUGAUGAGGACUCGUCAGUUGCUAGACCGUUAAAAAUGUACGAAACGUGUUUGAAACAGACUGGAUUCCGCAUCGUGAAAUUGGCUCGUUCUAAAUUGCCUCUCGGCAUGAACUUAACUGAAGAUAAAGGUGUUAGAAUGACAACGCCACCUCCGCCGCCGGCAACACUUGAGGAAAAGAAAAAGCCUCAAUCACCUGUAGCGACAAACGAUACCAACUAA